AUGCCGCCCACACUUCCGCAAAAGAGUCUCAAAAGAGACGCCUCACAUCUGUCGUCACCGGCGCCAGAAUCCAGCCAGAGCAAGAAACUGCGAGUCGCCUUCGACGAUAGGGUUGACGUCCGUAUCAUGGACGACUGGACGGCUAAGCCGUUGGACCUGGUCAAGGAUGAAGUGCGAAGUGCUCUCGAAGGCCAUCUGAGGGCUGGUGCCGACAAAGACGACGCCGCAUAUGAACAGCUUAGAAUCAUCUUCGUCAGCGCCCAGCCAUCGCGAUCCCAUGACAGCGGUGCAGUCUCGCACUCCGAAGCGCCCAGUAACGCCACACUCAAGAAAUACCUGGUGGCCUUGAGUGGCCGCGUGAGUGAUCUCAAGGCCUGUGGCAAGCUGGUGCACGCCGUCCUUGACGUAAACUGGCUCGGCAGAGACGAUGCUUUCGUAGCUCUCUACGUCCGCUUCUUGGGCACCCUGGGAAGUGCUGUGCCUGGCUUUCUCAGAACAGUCUUGGACCGUAUCGUGGGACACUUUGUCGAGGUUUCGUCGUCCCUUGGCCGUAUCCCCAACGAACCCUACGUGUCCAGACAACAGAUGGUUGCUCGCCUACACAACGCCCUUCGAUACCUGCUCCGUCUCAUUCCGUCUGCGAACAGCGGCCUAGCCGAAUCUCUCCGCGGCCAGUUCCCCAACCACAGAACUGCUAGUCGUCAAGGCUACAUUGCCUUUGUCAAGAACGCCCUCAAGACGAUCGAGUACGCUCCUGAGCUCAAAGCCGAAAUCCAAACUCUCAUCACUGAGCGCCUAGUCAAGAUCGACGUCGAAGUUCAAGAAGAGCUGGACGAUUUGGAAGAUGAGGUUGACGAGAAGCGCGUCCUUGGACUCUCUGGUCUGCCCGAAGGAAGAGAAGAUGCAGACGAUUCAGAAGAUGACAGCGAUGCCGAUUCGGAAUCAUCGAGCGAGAUCAGCAUGACACCCGAAGAGACCCAUCUGCGUGCUCUGCGCGACACAGUCGCCAAACUUGACUCAGUCCUAGACCUCUUGUUCUCCCACUACACUCCUACAUUUGCUAGUGGCAAGAUGUACGAGGUGAAUGAUGCCUUCGAGCACCUCAUCUCGCAGUUCUCCACCUUUGUCUUGCCUACCUAUCGUUCGCGCCACACGCAGUUCCUCGUCUUCCACUUCGCUCAGAUGUCCCAAGCUUACGCAGAGCGUUUUGCUGGCGUCCUGAUCCGCCUUGCUACUGGCCGCAGCUCUGCCUCCAACGGCUCUCUGUCUGCUGCUGCGUACUUGGCCAGUUUCAUCGCUCGUGGCGCUCGUGUGAACAAGACUCUCAUACGUUCCAUCUUCACCAGACUCGGCAACCAUCUCGACACCCUGCGUCGCAACCACGAGUCGGCGUGUCAGGGGCCUAACCUCAGUCGUUAUGGAACUUUCUACGCCAUUGCCCAAGCUAUGCUCUACAUUUUCUGCUUCAGGUGGAGGGACUUUAUCAUGACGCCCGACGAUGCAGACGUCGAGGACUAUGACAUCUUCGAGGAGGGCGAACCCGAAUGGCUCCCUGGCAUCAAAGAGUGCUUGACGCAAGCCAUCUACUCAAAGCUCAACCCUCUCAAAGUUUGUGCUCCCGCCAUCGUCCACCAAUUUGGAGCCAUCGCCAACCACCUUCGCUUCAUGUAUGUCAUUCCCCUGCUCGAGACAAACAAGCGUUUACGUCUGUCUUCGUUCCGUACCCUGGCUGCACCAGUCAGCAGAGACAUGGGUGCCGCGAGAAGAGAGAAUACUCUCAGUCAUCAGAGUGGAGAAGCUCACCAUCAGCUCGACGCCUUUUUCCCAUUCGACCCUUACCAAUUGCCUAAGAGUAAGAAGUGGCUGGAAGGCGAUUACAUGGUGUGGAAGGGCGUGCCUGGUAUGCAAGAUGAUGAUGAUGAGGACGAGGACGAUGAGAGCAGCGACGAGGACGAGGACGAAGACGAAUUCGGAGAGAUCGGUGACGACCCCGAGUACGAGAGCGAGUAA